AUGGCUGAUGGGUUCGCUCCGCCGGUCUGGCUGGCAGAGAAUAAGGAUUACAUCGAAUACCUACGCUUGGGAGAGGCCGGGGCGUUGAUUCUCCCUGAGUACGAGAAGGAUGCCGAGGGCAAGAUUAUCGUGCAUCCUGGUGAAGCCUUCUGCCGGAUGAAAGAUUGCGACCGGGCUAAGCACAAGAAAGCAACGCGCAAUCUACGGACCCAUAUUAAGAGUCAUGGUCGGAAGGAUACACCGAUUGAGACUGCCAAAGGCCAAACUGGAAAUCUAGGAACUGCGGAUAAAGAUGAGGCUCGCCUCUGGUUCACCAACCUUAUUCGCAAGACUAAGCAAGCGGGAUCAGCGGCCGCCCCUCCAGGCGCCACCCCAGCCCCACGUCAAGCCCCUCGUUCCGGUUAUGCUGAAAUCAAACAAGUUCAUCAGGCCUUAAGUAUGAGUCGGACGCUGGGGGACGUUGGUGGACGGGAGCUGGCGUCGGCUCUGGCGGACGGGGUGUCGGGUGGUGGAAGCGAGGCUGCCGUGUCUGCGGCGUCGACUGGCGAGCUGGACCUGCGUUGGAACGCGGGCCCCAAAGGCCCCGCCGUCCCCGGCCCCCCUCCAAGCGCCCGGUUGUUUGGUCAGGAUGCGCGAAGGUAA